UCCCUUCUCCGCUUCCGCCGCCAUGGCCGCGCCGCGCUGAGCCCCGGCGCCGCCGCUCAGCCCCGGCCAUGGCGGCUCCGCUCUCGUAACCGCGGCCGCCAUGCCGAGCGGAGCCGCCGAUGGCAACGAAACCGCCGAGCCGGCGCUGCUGCUCCUCCAGCAGCGCCUGCAAGGCCUCGGCUUCGCCACGGAGGAAGAGGAGGAGGAGGAGGAUGAUGAUGGCGGCGAGGCGGAGCUGAGGGAAGCCGAGGACGAUGAGGCCGCGUUGCUGUUGCUGCCGCGCGCUUUGGAUGUUGCGCGAGGCCGGGCAAUGAUGGCGGAGGCCGUGCUGGCGCAGGCCUACGGCCAUGGCGGAGCUGGGGGAGGAGAACAAGCGGCGCUGCUGAGGAGGAGAAGCGUCAACAGCACCGAGUGCGUGGCCGUGCCCAGCUCCGAGCAUGUGGCCGAGAUCGUGGGGCGCCAGGGCUGCAAGAUCAAGGCAUCUCUUGGGCAAGACCAACACGCAUUACAUCAAGAGCGCCCCGGUCUUGGCGGCGAAGAACCCGGUGUUGAUGAGUGGCGAGCAGGGGAGGAGGGUGGCCUUGACCCAGCCUUGAGAAUCCCU